GCAACAGCCAGGAUGACCAAAGCACGGCUGUUCCGCCUCUCGGUGGUGCUGGGUUCUGUCUUCAUGAUCCUGCUGAUUAUCGUGUACUGGGACAACGUGGGGACGGCUCAUUUCUACCUGCACACGUCCUUCUCCAGACCUCAUGCCCUGGGCACUCCACCCACUGCUGCUCAGGAUGAAGAUCAUGAAGGCUUGUUGGACGUGGAUGAGUUUUUAGAGAAGCUACUGAGUUCUGGCCUGAGGCAGAAUGGCCCCUUGAACAGAAAGAUGGAGCAGGCCCCACUUCAGGGCUCCAGCAGGCCUGUCUUGGGCAACCUGGAGGAGAAUGUGAGAGGCUAUGACUGGUCCACCCGCAUUGCCAGAGUGAGUCUGGACCAGGAGAAGCUGCAGGCUGAGCGUCGGAGGACACUGCGUGAGUUCUGUGCCAAUUCCAGCUUCGCCUUCCCUGCUAAGGAGCGUUCCUUUGACGACAUCCCCAACUACGAGCUGAACCACCUGAUCGUGGAUGACCGCCAUGGCAUCAUCUAUUGCUAUGUCCCCAAAGUGGCCUGCACCAACUGGAAGCGGGUGAUGAUCGUGCUGAGUGAAAGCCUGCUGGAUCAGGGUAUCCCCUACCGGGACCCCCUGGACAUUCCCCGAGAGCACGUCCACAACUCCAGCACCCACCUGACUUUCAACAAGUUCUGGCGCCGCUACGGGAAGUUCUCCCGCCACCUCAUGAAGAUCAAGCUGAAGAAAUACACCAAGUUCCUCUUUGUACGUGAUCCCUUCGUGCGGCUCAUCUCUGCCUUCCGCAGCAAGUUUGAGCUGGAGAAUGAGGAGUUCUACCGGCGCUUUGCCAUACCCAUGCUGAAGCUCUACUCCAACCACACCAACCUCCCCACCUCUGUUAGCGAGGCCUUCAGGGCGGGCCUCAAAGUCUCCUUCCCUGACUUCAUCCAGUACUUACUGGACCCCCGGACAGAGAAGAUGGCCCCUUUCAAUGAGCACUGGAGGCAGGCUUACCGCUUGUGCCAUCCAUGCCAGAUAGACUAUGACUUUGUUGGGAAGCUGGAGACCGUCAACGAAGACGCGGCUCAUCUGCUGCAGCUUCUCAAUGUGGACAGGCUCCUCCACUUCCCCCCCAGCUACCGGAACAGGACUGCCAGCAGCUGGGAGGAGGACUGGUUUGCCAAAAUCCCUCUGGCCUGGAGGCAGCAGCUCUACAAACUUUAUGAGGCUGAUUUUGUACUCUUUGGCUACCCCAAACCAGAAAAUUUGCUUAAAGACUAAAAGCAAUUGGAAAUGGGGGGAGGGAGCUUACCAAAAAUAUUUAAAACUUCACAGUAUCCUCCUCUUAAUCUCCCAACCCAGGAAGAUAAAAUUAAGUAUAUUUU